AUUAAUAAUGAGUAAGAAAGACAAAAGAUUACUUUUUGAGGAUGAAAUCUCUAGUACUUAGACUUCUGAUGGAGAGGAUUAUAUUCCUAAAAGAAUUAUUUCUAAAUCCAACACCAGAAGGAUUCACAAAAUUCCAAUAGAACAACAAUAAUAACUAUUUCGACAAGUUUUCCAGGAAGGCAAAUAGAUUAAAGAGGUUUUCUUUUACAUAAUAAUAUCAGGUUGCCAAAGCAUUGAAUCUAAAUUACUCUAGUGCAAAAUCUCUAAUACAUUAUUAUAAAAACAAUAAACGAUCUGCUCCCUCUGAAAUAAUAGAUGUUUUAAAUGGUAAAAAAUCCCUAGUGUGCCAGAUUUCUAAUAAAAUCGAUAAAAAAUAUAAUAAUCUAAAAAUAGAAGUCAGACAAAAUAAUCAAAUUCUUCACUCCUACAACUAUUAUGAACAAAAGACAACUGAUAAAUGA